AUGACAGCGAUCCGUCAUACCAGCCGAGUGAACUUCCAGCGGCCGGCGCGGUAUGACACGCGCCCGUUCUGGCAGGGUGCCAAUGCUGAUGAGGGUUUUGACGGGACGUACCAGACGAAUGUGGUGGUCAGAAACAACGGCAGUUGCCUGUACGUGCCCCCGGGCAUAUUCAAGAGCACAUGCAAGAUAGACAUCACGUGGUUUCCUUUCGACGACCAACACUGUGACAUGAAGUUCGGUAGCUGGACUUACGAUGGCAACCAGUUGGAUCUGGUGCUGAAAGAUGAAUCGGGUGGUGAUCUAUCAGACUUCAUUACGAACGGCGAGUGGUAUUUGAUAGGAAUGCCAGGGAAGAAGAACACAAUAACGUAUGCGUGCUGCCCGGAACCAUAUGUGGAUGUGACGUUUACAAUAAUGAUUCGGAGAAGGACUUUAUACUAUUUCUUCAAUUUAAUCGUACCGUGUGUCCUAAUAUCGUCAAUGGCUCUCUUGGGCUUCACUUUACCACCAGACUCGGGAGAAAAGUUAACGUUAGGAGUCACUAUUCUUCUCUCGCUGACGGUGUUUCUCAACCUGGUUGCCGAGACCCUGCCGCAGGUCUCCGACGCAAUCCCAUUGUUAGGAACUUACUUCAACUGCAUAAUGUUCAUGGUGGCAUCAUCAGUAGUUUUGACGGUAGUGGUGUUAAAUUACCACCAUCGGACGGCAGACAUACAUGAAAUGCCACAAUGGAUAAAAACAGUGUUCCUACAAUGGUUGCCGUGGAUCCUGCGCAUGUCGAGGCCCGGGAAGAAAAUUACUAGAAAAACGAUAAUGAUGACCAAUCGAAUGAGGGAGUUGGAACUGAAGGAGCGCUCCUCUAAAUCUUUGUUAGCGAAUGUUCUGGAUAUAGACGAUGAUUUCAGACACGUGCCUCCUCCGCCGAACAGCACCGCGUCGACGGGAAACUUGGGACCUGGAACGGAUUUCCGUCGGUCGUUCGUUCGGCCGUCCACGAUGGAGGACGUGGGCGGACUCGGCGGCCAUCACCGGGAGCUGCAUCUCAUCCUGCGCGAAUUGCAGUUCAUCACCGCGAGGAUGAAGAAGGCGGAUGAGGAGGCGGAGCUGAUCAGUGACUGGAAGUUCGCGGCGAUGGUUGUGGACAGAUUCUGUCUCUUCGUGUUCACGCUGUUCACAAUCAUUGCGACGGUGGCCGUACUGCUGUCUGCUCCU